AUGAAAACUUAAUUCACUCAUAUACCUUUAUUUCUUAAAGAAAAGGAAAUGAACGAUAAUGAAUAAACACUUAUGCUCCGCAAUAAGAAUAUCAAUAUAUGGCCUAAUGAUAUACCUUCCAGAUUACUCAUCCUUGAUCUAAGUGGAAAUCGAUUCUAAACUAUCCCUCAUCAAGUCAAUUACAUCUAGCAUUUAUAAAAACUUAUAUUACGAGAUAACUCUAUAGAUACUCUCGAAACAACUCUUAAUCUACCUUAACUCUUUUAUUUAGAUCUUAGUUAUAAUUACAUAAGUAAUUCUCAUUUAACAUUAAGGAAAGGUACCUUCCAGCCUUACUAAAUUGAAUUCUCUCCAUUACUUAAAUUUAAACUCUAAUUUGAUUGAAGAAUUACCUCGCCAACUAUUUGACUUGCAAUAUUCAUUUUUAGGUAUUUCUAAAAAUGCCUUUAUCAUCAUUCCACAAGAAAUUUGUAAAAUCAUUAAAAAGCUAGAACAAUUUGAAUUGGAUUGGUUAAAUUACUGUAAUUUCUCUUAUUUUAUGGAUGAGUAAACAUCUAAUAAAUUGCUGACUGUUUUCUCUAAUGAUUGUUCAUUUUAGCAUUUUUAUGAACACUUUAUGAAUUCGUAAUUCUCUUAUAAUUUAGAGAAGAUUAUAACUAAUCAUUCAUUAGGAAUUCUCAGAUUGGCAUUUCAAUUUUAAUAAGAAGUUUCAAUGAAAAGUCUAAUAUUUGUUGUGUCUUAACCUGGAACUAAAGAAAAUAUCAAAUUUAUAAAUUACCUCCUAGAUCUACUUAAUUAACAUGAUUCGGAUAUACUAAAUAUCAUAUAUAUAUUAAGUGCUCGAACAAAUUAAACUUUUAUAAUUUAACUUCUUUUCAAUUAUGCAAUCAAUUUGCAUUACUCCAUCAAAUAUGAUUUGAUAUGCAAUCAUAAGAUAUUAAUUUUAAAGGGUUAAACACCUUUUACCACGUUGUUGCAACAUAGUCAUAAUAUAGAUACUAUGAUGGAAUUUUGGGUUCAAAAAGGCUUUAAUCCUAAAAUAAAACACCAAGGUGAGAAUUGUUUACAUAUUGCAGUUAAAUAAAAUACAUAUGAAGGUGUUAAAUGGGCCUUAAAACAUUGCAAUAUCGAUUAAAAGGACAGCAUUCAUAAAAAUACUCCUUUACAUAUUCUAUUUCAGAAAUAACAUUCAGUAGGGAUUUUUUAUUUGUUAGAAAAUUUUAGACCUAAUCCUUUUAUUGUCAAUCGCUUUAACAAGAUUCCACGUUUUUAUUAGACCUAAAUGAUUUAGUUAAGAUUUGUCAAAUUAUAUCUAAAAUAUGAGAAAUGGUUCUUACGAUUUCAUUUCUAAACAUACAAUUCCAACAAAUUUCACGGAAUGAUUACUUUAGGAAGUAGAUCAAAUGCUAGACAGGAAAGUGAAAUUUCAGCUAUAAACACCACUGAUAUGAGUAUCUUAAGUGGAGAAUAGUUACUUGAAUAAUUACUUAGUGAAAUUUUAAAAAUAUUAAGAUCAUCUAAACAUCUUCCAUCAAUUAUAGAUAAGAUUAAUUUACUUAUAAACACCUCCUAAGAUUUAUAAGCAAGAAUGUGCUUAUAAUCUAUAUUAUAACUAUUAUUAUGUAAAGCCAAGUAAGGAUGGAAUUAUAAAACUACAUUUUUGCCUUAAAUCAUAUCUUAAAUUAAUUUUCUAUUCAAGAAUAAAUUUCAAUUAGAAAAAAUAAGUUAUUUUACCCAAGAUAUUAAGUAAAUUAUUGAGAAUAGAAAAUAAAUAAUAAACUAGAAUAAAGUUGAGUAAAAUAAAACUGAUUAAGACCAUCUUUAAAAUUUAUCUUAAAAGCUUAAAUUUAAUAUCUCUAAUAUAAUUGAUCCUCAAACUAAUACUAAAUUUCAUGAACAAUAUGUUUUGAAUUACAUCAAUAUCGCUUAUCUAAGCAAAAAUAUGAAAAAAAUGAGAAAAGAUAACAUAAAUAUCCUGAAUCAAUAUGAAGUUUUGUAGUUUAAGGAUACCUCAGUUGAGGAAUAUAUUGAAAUUCCAGAAAGUCCAAAAAACACCCUUCUAGAAAAAAUGAAGCAUGCUCCUAUUGUUAAUGCAAAAUUUAAAGAUUUUCAUAAAAUUAGGUCAAAAUCGCAAAUAGAAAUGUGA